CCUCUCCCAUACAGUGGCCUAUCUGCUGCCACCUUGCAUCUUCCUCAACAGGGGACCAAAAUAGUUCUAAAUGCUCCAAGGGUUUGGACUUGACAGACUGCUCUGAGCCUGCCUCCUCCCCUCAGAACAGAAAAAAAGGAAAAAAAAUCUUUAGAGCAAAUCAACGCAACCUAGCUGGAAGCGUUCUGCAUUAACCCCUAGAGGGGAUAGAGAGAAGGGGGGGGUUGGAUGUGUUAAUACACAAGAACACUGCAUCAAACCAAUGUACUGCUCAGAACGGUAUGCGUCAGCAGUACAUUCACGUUUCAACUGAAGGACAAAAGGAGGAGAGAGAGCAGCCUGUCUUGGCUGCCUGCAACACCAACACAUAAAGAAAAAGGAGACAGAAGGAUAAACAAGGGGGGUUAAAAAAUGUGGCUGUGGACUGGCUUUUCCCACGUCUCUCCUGUUUUUGCUUCUAUUACAACUCUGGCUACCGCUGCAGUCCGCCGGCUAGAAAGACGUUAACUGCAACAAAAGGCUAACGCUACAACUCACUACCUCAAAACAAAAGGGGAUACACCAGGAGCUACAGGAGGUAAACCUGAGCAGCUCUCCACCGGUUGUCUUGCACGGAUCCUUUUCAAACCAAGGGCACACCACUGAAGAACGUGUUUUUCUGUUACAAGGGAGUGAGAGAGCACUCUCGCGCAAACCUCCUCAACAUUGCUGCGCUCCCCCCAUCCCCCUGACCCCCCCCCCCCCCCCUUUGGAGAAAUUGACGGAUUAUUGCUAACUGUGCAGGAGGCAGGCUGCAGCUGCUGCAUCUACUGGCUAGAGAGCUAAGCUAGUUAAAAAGAAAAAAAUCUAAUGACGGCGAUGUGCAGCUUUUAGCCUUUACAAUCCACCUAAACACGGCAAAUCAAGUGGAAAAAGGCAGAGGGAAGCUAACAGCAAAUUGAAGAGAGCUUUUCCAAAGAGGAGGAAAAACUAAGGACUAGUGAAUUUUGUUUUCCUUCUUUCUUGGCUAAAUGUCUAGUUCAGCAAUGGAGCAUCGCAGAAAGCACUCUACAGUACCCAGCGCUGGCUUCCAAGGACAAUCACUGGGAGAGAUGAAGGCAUUACUCUUUGGAGCAGACUGGAUGCAUGCACCUGUUUAGUUUAUUGGGCCUUACCUCUAAAAAAAAAAAAAACAUCUUUUAAUGCUGCUGUUUCUGGAUUUACUAGGAGCCAUUUUGCCAGAUUGUUUUACUACACAUUUUUACUUGUCUUUCAAAAAAAGGCAACAGUUCACGUGGGGAAUAUGAAUUAAGCAUUAGACGUACUUUAUGACCGCAAAGGACUUCUCAAAACUCAAGAGGUAGGUGCUCAGUGUUCCCACCCCACUUUCCAUCAAUUCAAUCCUUUCUCUGCCUUUUCUCUCUCAUACUCUGUCUGAGAACAGCACCAUCCUGCACUGUAGAUGGAAAAAAGAACCAGAGUCUUGCUUAAACCGGGGUAGGGCCAGUUCUCCAUUCCGUGCCAAAUCCCAGACGAUGUUGAAUUAUGAACGUGCCACAUCAUGAGUCUCUUGUGGCAGGUAACUGUGCACCGUACCUGGAAUGCCGCCCUGCUUUUUGUAGUCUACCUCAUGGUACGAACGUGGAGUCUGUGUGCAGCUUCUGCAGGACCCCAGAGCUGCCCUGUAGUCUGCUCUUGCAGUAACCAGUUCAGUAAAGUGGUCUGCACACGUCGCGGCCUCACAAGGGUCCCUGAAGGGAUCCCCUCAAACACCCGGUACCUCAAUCUGAUGGAGAACAGCAUUGAAAUGAUCCAGGCAGAUACUUUCCGACAUCUCCACCACCUGGAAGUGCUGCAGCUGGGGAGGAACUCAAUCCGCCAGAUAGAGGUCGGUGCUUUUAAUGGUUUGACCAGUUUAAAUACCUUGGAGCUGUUUGAUAACAGGUUGACUGUAAUUCCAAGCGGAGCGUUUGAGUACCUGUCAAAACUGCGGGAGUUAUGGCUCAGGAAUAACCCCAUUGAAAGCAUACCUUCUUACGCUUUCAAUAGGGUGCCCUCUUUGAUGCGCCUGGAUUUGGGGGAGCUAAAAAAACUGGAGUAUAUUUCGGAUGGUGCUUUUGAAGGAUUAUACAACUUGAAAUACCUUAAUCUUGGAAUGUGUAACAUAAGAGACAUGCCAAUCCUCACCCCAUUGGUUGGGCUGGAGGAACUAGAAAUUUCUGAGAACCAUUUUCCAGAAAUCAAACCUGGAUCCUUCCAGGGACUGAAAUCCCUGAAAAAACUAUGGAUUAUGAACUCACAGAUUAACCUGAUCGAACGGAAUGCUUUUGAUGACCUCACAGCAUUGGUUGAAUUGAACCUAGCCCAUAAUAACCUGACCUCUUUGCCCCAUGACCUUUUUGCACCUUUGAGGUACCUAGUGGAGUUACAUCUGCAUCACAACCCCUGGAAUUGUGACUGUGACAUAGUGUGGCUCUCAUGGUGGCUGCGUGAAUACAUCCCCACCAACUCAACAUGCUGCGGCCGCUGCCAUUCUCCCCCCCACAUGAGGGGGAAAUAUUUAGUGGAAGUUGACCAAAGCACUUUUCAGUGCUCAGCUCCUUUUAUAGUGGACGCACCUAGGGAUGUAAACAUUUCAGCGGAACGCGUAGCUGAGCUCAAGUGCCGCACAGCCUCCAUGUCAUCUGUUAGGUGGUUACUUCCCAAUGGAACAAUACUAAGUCAUGGGUCAAACCACCCGCGAAUAUCCGUUCUCAACGAUGGAACUCUCAACUUCUCUCACGUGCUGCCAACAGACACUGGGAUUUAUACAUGCAUGGUCACCAAUGUGGCGGGAAAUUCCAACGCUUCGGCCUAUCUCAACGUGAGCAAUGCUGAGCUUAACACGUCCAACCUGAGUUAUUUCACGACCGUCACCGUGGAGAUUGUAGAGCCAACAUCCGAGGAAAUCACGAAGCCCAAGACGGUGACAGCAUCUCCUUCAGUGUUCCAACCUGUAUUUAUAUCGACUCCAACAGUUCUGCUGCAGAACACCAAGACACCAAAGCAGGUGUCAGUACCAACUUCAAACGGCACAGAAAAACCACUUACUAGCUUGGAUGAGGUCAUGAAGACCACCAAAAUCAUCAUUGGCUGCUUUGUGGCGGUCACCCUACUAGCAGCAGUAAUGUUGAUAGUAUUUUAUAAACUGCGCAAGCGCCACCAGCAGAGGAGCACAGUCGCAGCUACUAGGACUAUAGAGAUUAUACCAAUUGAUGAGGAUGUACCUACAGCGUCAAUGGGAACAAGUAUACCAGAAGAAGGCGUUGCUAUGCCCACAAUCCGUGACCACAUGAACUAUAACUACAAACCAGCACAUGGGGCCACCUGGACAGAGAACAGCAUUGGCAACUCUCUUCAUCAUACCAUGGCCAUCACCGCUAUCCCUGAGCCCUAUAUAAUACAAUCUCACACAAAGGAGAAGGUACAGGAGACACAGAUUUAACAUUCCCCUAUCCUUUCCUCAUUAUAAAAUGCAAUAGAAUGCACAAAAAAGACAGUAACUUUUUUGUACAGAGUGCAAAAUUAAGACUGUUUUUCUUGUAUAUGCUUAUAUAUAAAAAUAAAUCUACUAUGGGCUGGUAAGAGAAGCAGAUUAUAUUAAAUAAAUUAAAACUAUUUUCUAACUUGUAACUUCUAUUUAAAAAAAAAGAAAGCUGUUAAGAUGCUAUUGUGACUUUGAGAAAUGAGGGUAAACCUGUUUAAAAGGGCAUUCUGUAAAUUUUUAGACGACGCUACAUAGGAUGCAGUAAAUACCCAUUUAUACUGAGAAGUCUUUCUAAAAAGCCCAAAAUCAAUCUUUACAGGUUUAUCUUGUAAAAGCACCAAGAAUUUGUACUGUGCCAAAUGUUAUAAAUGCAAUAAAGGAUUUUUGGAAGAAAAAAAAACAUAGAUAUAACCCAAUCUUUUCACAGUGUUAUACGUAAAAAAGCCUAGAAACUGGCAUGCUGUAGCUAUCAGCCAAAUGGUUUCAGACUGCACCAUAUUUCUGCAGCUAUUAUUUAACUCACUGCUUGCCAGUUGUUGAAAUGGAUUUAUUUCCAUGAAUCUGGGGACAGGCUAAGACUCUGCAUUCAGGGUGAAAGCCACUGUUUCAGUAUUUCCACUGGGCUGAACAGAAAAUGCUUAGAUGAAUGCCAAAAUUAAAUCCAGAGUUUUGUUUCUAGAUAAGUCUUAUUGUGUCACUUGCACUUUAAAUGCAGACAACUGAAGAAGAGUUUUGUUUAUGCCAUGAUAAUUUUGAACACCCUCCAUCUGAAAAAGCUGUAAGAUGUUAUAUAAUAAGGGGAAAGAUACAUCAAAGCUUGAAUGAAAAAGUUCAAAAUAAUUUGACAGAAUUAUAUUUUUAUUGAAAUAAUUCGAAUUUUUGGUUUUCUGUACUUUAUUUGUGGUUAUUUUUUAUUUUAAAAGUGUGAGGAUUAGUUAAUGGAUAGGUUUGAGUCUGUAUUAUACUUUGACAUUUCUUAUUCAUUCAAACAAUGUACCGUGAAGUACCUUUACUGACGACAAGAUGAAAUCAUCUCACUAAAUUAAAAUCCUACCUAUCAUUCUAA